UGGAGUCUGCUAUUACCAUGUCCAAUUAUUCAACUGGAAGAACAAGAAGAAGAAGAAAAAGAAAUUCACACAAAGAAAUGAGAAACAAUAUUCCAGGUGUCAGCUAUCCAUCACUAACCUUUAUUUUGUGUGUCAGGAAAGCUUUCAGUGUUCGGAAGCAAUAUAUGAGCGAGUAAGCAAAACACAUCACCCUUCACACCAUUCACCCUCAAUCUCUCUCUAAACUCUAAAGCUUCAAGCUUUGGCCUUUUUGAUCUCAACCCAUUUCCCUCAGAGGGAAUUACUAACAUUUCUCGCCGGAAAGUCGCCGACUUGGGUCGCCGGAUAGUUGACUCCAUGGACGUUGACUCGUGGGCCUCCAGAGUUCAUGCUGCCAAGAGCCUCUCUGCUGUUCAUGCUGCCAGGAUGCACUAUGAUAAUCAUUUUGCGUUGGACGAUUCUGAAGGAGACGAUGAAGCAAAGUCUUGUUUUCCAUGCCCUUUUUGUUAUGUAGACAUUGAGGUCCCAGUGCUCUGCAACCACUUGGAGGAAGAACACUGCUUUGAAUUCAAAAAUGCUGUUUGUCCUUUAUGUGCAGCAAAUCUUGGAAAAGAUAUUAUAGGACAUUUCAUGGUGCACCAUGCGAGCUCCUUCAAGCAUAGGAGAAAAUCUCAAAAGUCUGGUCCAUGGACUGGUAGUUCAGCAGUGAAAGCGCUACUGAGGAAUGGAAGGGCACAUGAAUCUGCACCUGAUCCUCUCCUGUCAAAUUUUGUGUGCAAUGUGUCAUUUUCAGACCCUAAUGGUAUCCCGAAAGAUGUUUGUUCUGUCAUUGAUGCCCCUAUCAUUUCCGAUACGAAAAGCGCGCCAUCUUUGCCAGAUGAAGGUUGUGAAAAGGAUAAUGAAGAGAGAAGGCAGAGGGCAACAUUUGUGCAACAGUUGAUUGCAUCAACCAUAUUUUCAGAUCUAUGAACUGCUUCUGAGCUAAAGACUUAAAGCGGAAGAUGCAGGAUAUUGAUCAUCUCAUCAGUCACCAAGGAUGCUGCUGUAUCAGUAUGUCAGUAGGCAAUGAAUCUACCGGAGCGUGGUUUUAGGAAGUCAAUCUAUAUUAGGGUAUUUACAGAGAGAAGUUAUCUUUAGAUAGAGUCAUUGUCUGCAAUGAGACACUAUGUAUACACAUGACUGUAUACUAUUUAUCCUAUAUGGCUAUUUAUAUAUUUUAGAGGCGACUUUCUUAAUGAGCAGAGCUUAAUUAUAGUAUUGAUCGAUAUAUCC